AAGCGUUGUAUUACUUCCGGUACUGUUAUUGUACUUCCGAGACUGCGCGGUGCGAGUCACCUGACGGUUGUGUGGUUGCAGCCAGCGGGUUCAGCAUUUGAUACACGGGAUUGGAAAUAAUCACAAAACAAACCAUAAUUUCAGGCCAAGAAACGAAGACAUUUUCCGGUAAAUCCGUUCUCGGUUUCCCCUCGCUUGCACAAUGAGUGCCUGCACCCCUAAAUCGCUGGCUUCGUCUGGACAAAAACCCAUUCAGGAGAUGUGCCAUCCGCUCGGAGCCGAGGAGGCAGUUCUCACACCCAGUCCAGAUGUCAGAAACAUCACUAGCAGCAUUGGAGAGAAGGACCAAAUUCUGCCCAAUGGGACGCCGGUGGAGACAUCUAGUCCCUCCUCCUCGUCCUCCCUCCUGAACCGGCUGCAGCUGGAUGACGACCUGGAUGGAGAAACACGUGACCUCUUCGUCACCGUCGACGACCCGAAGAAACACGUCUCCACCAUGGAGACCUACAUCACCUACAGAGUGGUCACUAAGACAACGCGGGUGGAGUUUGACCUACCAGAGUACACCGUGAGGAGACGCUACCAGGACUUUGAUUGGCUCAGGACCAAGUUGGAGGAUAGUCAGCCUACACAUCUCAUACCACCCCUCCCUGAGAAGUUUGUGAUGAAGGGGGUGGUGGACCGGUUCUCUGAGGAGUUUGUUGAGACGAGGAGGAAGGCUCUGGAUAAGUUCCUGAAGAGAGUGGCUGACCAUCCUGUCCUAUCGUUCAAUGAACACUUAAACUCCUUCCUUUCUGCCAAGGACCUGAAUAAGAGACAAGGCCUAGCCCUGCUCUCUAAGAUGGGGGAGUCGGUGAAGUACGUGACAGGAGGGUACAAGCUGAGGGGCCGACCCGUGGAGUUUUCUGCUAUGGGAGACUACCUGGAUAUGUUCACACAGAAGCUGGGUACUAUCGACAGGAUAGCACAGAGAAUCAUCAAAGAACAGUCUGAGUACCUAGCAGAGCUGAAGGAGUACGGUCCAGUCUACACCACCUGGGCGGCGUCGGAGGCGGAGCUACAGGGGCCUCUGGAGGGCGUGGCCAGCUGCAUGGCUAACUGCUCCAUCGCCCUGGACGAACUCACCCAGGAUAUGAGCGGAGACUUCCUGCCCGUGCUCCGAGAAUACGUCCUCUAUAUCGAGUCCAUGAAGGCUGUUCUGAAGAAGAGGGACAACGUCCAGGCAGAAUAUGAGGCCAAACUGGAAGCUGCUGCGCUCCGGAAAGAAGAGAGACCAACAGCCAAGGUGCCUACAGACGUGGAGAAGUGCCAGGACAGAGUGGAGUGUUUUAACGCUGACCUGAAGUCAGACUGGGACCAGUGGCAGAACAACAAGACACAAGACUUCAGACAGUUACUCACUGGCAUGGCAGACCACAACAUCCAGUACUAUGAGAAGUGCCUUGCAGCGUGGGAGUCUGUCAUUCCAGUAUUACAGGACAAGCAGCCACAGGAGACAGAAACAGAGGAAGACUGACACGGCCAGCUCCCCUUUGGAGCACAUUGGAAAGUGGACAUAACAUCUCAAACACUUCUCUACCCGAGUUACCAGUGUCACACACAGACACAGAUACUCUCAACGGGAGAUUACCAAGGAAAUGGGCUUUUGGGUCUACAGACUGAAGUCCUUUUUAGUUUUGGUGUUUCUAUUUGUGAAACCCAGUCAGUCGGAACGUCCCAUCCUGCCUGCUGGGCAUUAUCUCACGUCAGGUAGCGCAACGGCCGCCUACACUGAUCUGUCUGAUAACUUGCAAACACUCAUGGGAUAGCUAAAAAGAAGUUUGGCCGCAAUAUGCUGUGCUAACAUUCGGGAACGUUACAAAGGUGACAUCGUCUGCUUAAAAGCCUCUACAUCAUCUGAAAGAGUCCGAGUUAAUUUGACCAGAAAUAUCACCCUGGGGUCCUCGAGUUAAUCUGACCAGAAAUAUCACCCUGGAGAAAGAGUUAAUCUGACCAGAAAUAUCACCCUGGGGUCCUCGAGUUAAUCUGACCAGAAAUAUCACCCUGGAGAAAGAGUUCAUCUGACCAGAAAUAUCACCCUGGAGUCAGAUUUAAUCUGACCAGAAAUAUCACCCUGGAGUCAGAUUUAAUCUGACCAGAAAUAUCACCCUGGAGUCCUCGAGUUAAUCUUACCAGAAAUAUCACCCUGAAGCUAAUAAAUCUUCACUACCUAAUUCUACAUCUAACGAAGGUGUUAUGUGGUUGUAAGAAUCAGUAUUUAUGAAAUUCGUAAUGUACACUAAAAUUAGCUAGCUAACGCGUCAGCUACAGUAGCUAGUGUCUGCUUGCUGGCUGUACCAGUCUCAAAUCAAUCCAUAAUGAAAGGCAGGGAUGCUAACAAUGCGAGUUCACACACACUCAAUGCUGAAUAAUCCUAGUAAAUUCUAGCUAAUGCACAAAUGAGUUUUCAUGAUAUCUUGUUCUGCUGUGAUUUAGGGUGCCGAGUUCUACAGCACAGCUGAAUGUAGCAAGGCACAUUGCCAGCUGUCAGAGUCAGAAACCUGCUGAUUUCUGAGAACAGUCCCAGAACCUUGGUGCCUUACAAGCUGGCAAACUAUCUACCGUAUGGCCAUUCAAACAAGCCCUGCACUCGGCUGCUAACUGGAGUUUACUCAAGUGAUUGAGCAUGGUUUCCGUAGUAUACAGUGUGUCAUAGCUACAGAGAGAGAGUUAUUUUCAGAAUUAGGAACUAGAAUUAGGCAGAAGAGCAAAAUGUAGAUUAUUAGAGAUGUGUUCCACGUCCUACGUGACAGAUCGGUUGAGGGAUGAGCCCCCCGUAGGAGUGACGCUAUCUGACGUGAGACAAUGGCCUGCUGGGAAGAGCCAUGGAGCAGAGUGGAUGGUUCUCUCUCUCUCUACCUCUCUCUCUCUCUCUCUCUCUCUCUCUCUCUCUCUCUCUCUGUCUCUCUCUCUCUCACUCUCUCUCUCACUCUCUGUCACUCUCUCUCUCACUCUCUACUCUUUCUCUACCUCUCUCUCACUCUCCAUCUACUCUCUCUCUCUCUCUCUCUCUACUCUCUCUACUCUCUCUCCCUCUCUCUCUGUCUCUCACUCUCCAUCUACUCUCUACUCUCUAUCUCUCUCUCUACUCUCUCUCUCUCUCUCUCUCUCUCUCUCUACUCUCUCUCUACUCUGUCUCUCUCUCUCUACUCUCUCUCUCUCUCUCUCUCUCUUCUCUCUCUCUCUCUCUCUCUCUCUCUCUCUCUACUCUCUCUCUACUCUCUCUUCUCUCUCUCUUUCUCUCUCUGUCUGUCUGUCUCUCACUCUCUCUCUCUCUACUCUGACUACUCUCUCUCUACUCUGACUAUUCUCUCUCUACUCUGUCUGUCUGGAAGCCCUGUUCUGUACUUUGUUGCACACCAAAAUAGCCUGGGUUGUAUUCACUAGAAACCAAACAGAAGAAAACAGACUACCUGAACUUGUCCAAAAAAGAAACAAAUUUUUUGUUGCUGAACGCUUUCAGUGUGUUUAACGUUUUGCUACGUUGUGCACUAAUGAACACGACCCUGAUACAGGCUGUCCUAUAAAGCGUUCUGUCCCACCGACCAGCCAAAGGAUUAGCGAAUGUAGAGACCAAACUAAUAUUAGGGUGUCCAAAACACCCUUUGGUGAUGAAGUUUCACUUUCUUAUGUUUUAUAACACAUUUUACCGAGACAAAUACGAUUAUUUAUGUUCUGACUCGUUCAGUGGGGUUUUCUUUAACAUAUCCUUAACAUUAUAUCAGAAAGUAGGAUUUUUUUUGUAACAUAACGUCUGAUGAUAACUACCUGGCUCUGUUGACGUUGCACGUUUCUCCUAACAACUUUUGAGGAUUUUACAUUUUGUUGUCGUCGUCUUCAAAGUUGUUUCCGUGACACACAAAAAUAACCAGCCAAAUUUGACACGAGCUGAAUUAAAAUGUAAAAGGCUUGAAAUGAAAUAGCUCGGUAUACGCUCAGUGCUCUGUGCACAUUUCACAGAGAAACGCUGUGGGUUUUGUUGUGAGAAAGCUUUGAAAAAGAACAGGAAUUUUUGAGUGAAUAUGAAAAUGUCACAUCUCAAAAUAGAUAUUUAUGUUGCAUCUAGAUUGUUUUAUGUCCUGUUGAUUUGAGAAGAUGAAGAUUUCAACAGGAAAGGGAUCCUGCCAGUUCAGCUGAUUCGAUGCUUUUUUACAGAUUGUUUUUCUACACCAUUAACAUUAUUUUACCGAUUGGUCAAAAGAUGCGUUUUUGAUUGGAAAUAUGCAGUGUUUCUUUUCUGUUAGAAGGUUGUAGUCUGUUGAGAACGGUUGGUUGCCAAUUAUCUUUUUUUGUAAACAAUGCAGGUGUUUUGAUGGUCUUUGAUGCCCAAAGCCCUUGAAGAGUCCAGCAGCAUCUUCAUCAUGUUUUUUAUCAUGUUGUUGUUGAAGCACUAACAGAACCAGCUGUCCAGGAGAGUAGAGCAGCAAUCCUCUGGCCAAAGAGGAAACCUACCUCACAUACUGGCUAACAUACUGUCUAACGUUUCCUGGUUGGUGGUCUGACUCCCACACCUAUUCACUAGGAACCAAACGUAAGCAAACAGGCUGCUCACACAGGAUUUGAUUCUGGGGUGCCAAGAUUACACCAUACCAGCCUCUUCCUCCUGUGCCCAAUAGCCUGGGGAUGAGGUCGAAGGUUAACUGGUAUGAAUCCAUGUUAGCGUCUCAAAUAUCCCUCCUAUCUAGUGUGCUACUGUUGACCAGGAUUCUGGUAGUGCAAUAUAUAUAGGAAAUAGGAUGGGGAAGCAGACAUGUAGUGCCAAAUGGUGUUGGACUGCCUCCUUCCUCCCUCCCCUACCCACUGUUAUGUAACACAGUGUGGUGAUGAUAUCUCUGUUCACUACUCAGCUAUCUGCAGCUGGGACAAAACCGGUACGAUUUUUAAAAAACCAAAAUAAAGACUUAUUUCUGA